CUUGCAGAAAUUUCACUUUUAUAGACAGUUUCACUCAUUUGGGGAAACAAUAUUGCUUAAGACAAAGUAAUAGGACGAAUAUUAAAGCAGUCAGAUAUGUCUGUGUGAAGCCUGUGAAUUAUGAAAGCAAAUCAAAAUAUAUCUUUAGUUAAAUUUAAAUCAGGUGAGUCGCAUGAUAAUAACAAAAUUUUUGAGUGUUUGAGAAACACUUUUUUUUCUUAACUAGUGCUGAAGGUGAAAAAAGACUCACACCGGUGGUGAAGAAAAGUCCUCAAAAAACUAUGUAGCACAUCAAAAACACAAAGCUGAAGUUAGUUCUGUCUCGUGAAAAAUUUGUUUCAACAGAAAACUUUAUAAUUAUAAAAACAGGCUUCACUGAAAAAUGCAAAUAUUAGUUGGCUACAAAAACAAGAUUCGAGGCUUUGGGAUCUGGGAAAAGUAAGUGUGUGAAAUUGAACUGAAACUUUUAUGAGUGAUGACAAGAGUGAAGGGAGAAAAGAACUGGUCAAGACCAAACGUAUAUCAAUUUAUGUACUAUGGUGGUGGGAGUGUUUGAUUUGGAGACCUAGUGUUUAUUCAUCAUGGAUUCACCAAAAUAAACAUAGGUAGUCUGUACUCGUAUGGUGUGUAAAUGGGAAAAUCCUCUACAGUUGAAGAUGUUUGCAGCAGAUGCUUGGCAAAGCAUCACCAGAAAAGAUGCAUGCUUCAAUCAAUUGUUACAUGUAGGGUGUAACAGAGUCCUAAAUAUGAUACAAUAUAAUGUUCACAAGGUGCAAGCAACAGGAGUGCAGACAAAAAGUUUAUGUUCUGUUCAUGUUUUAUCUGAUGAGAGCAACUUCUUACACAUGGUAAUGACAAAACCUGAAACAGCACUAUUACUUUACCAUACAUUCAACAUUGGCUUUCUUCAGGGAACUCUUCCAUAAAAGCCAAAUUUGGUUAAUCUUGUCUUGGCCAAAGAUUAUUCCACCCAAGAUGUAGAUCUCUGUAGAGUUACAACAGCUUCUUCAUUUAAUGUUCUGCUUACCUACCCAGACAGUCUGGUAAGUUUCCAGCCAUGCCUAACAUUUCAGGUGGACUGAACAAUGCAGUGAGAUGUUAAAGCUUGGGAUAUGGUUUUAAUACUUUGGACUUCACCACCUUAUAGUCUUCUUUACACUGUUUGGUCUCCAAUAUUCUAUAGCAAACCUCUAUGACCUCAACAGGUCAGAUUAAUUUACAAACAGGUGGAAUCUUCCUAAUUAGGCAUCAAUUCAAGGCAAUUUGUUGCUCUGUAUUUUAUUUAGGGGUGUCGGAGUAAAGGGGGUUCCACUUAAUAAUUGUACAUUAGUUUGUGUCACAUGCAAUGCCAAUUAAAUAUAUAAAAGUUUGUGAAUAUGACAAUACAAAACAAGAACUCAUUUCCGCAGAGAGAUGCUUUUACUUUCACUUUGACCAAUAAAAUGUUUUUUUUGUUUUUUACUUUCGUUUUUAUCUACAUCUAUCUACAACACUGUUCAGCUUCAAAUGCGGCACCGGUCAGGAUGAUACGAACAAAACAACUCAAACUCCCAUGAUGAAUAUCAUAAUUUACUUCAGACAAACCGUAAAUAUGCAAGCUACGCUGGGUCCAGUGAUCCAUGGGACCAGUGUCGCGAGAACAAUUGCAAGGAGAAGUUCGGAGAUGGGACAUGUAACCGAGAAUGCAUGGAGUCACGUUGCCUUCGAGACGGAUUUGACUGCCUGAAGAAUCGUGGUCACUGCAAUCCGGGACACACUCAGUACUGUCGAGCUUAUUAUGCCAGCAAUCGCUGUGACCAGGGCUGCAACAACGCUGCCUGUGGAUGGGAUGGAAGUGACUGCUUCAGAGAGCAGAGCCCUCUGUGGGCUAAAGGCACAUUGCUUCUUCACACCAAAAUCCCAAAACAAAAUCUCUCCCUUGCUGUCACUCCUCUACUCUGGACCCUCAGCGUCAUCCUGCAGUCACCCCUGAAACUGAGGGGAAACAUUUCCCUUGCAGCAAGCUUGAACUUGUUUGAUAUUUACCCUCAGAAGUUUGCUGACAUGCUGGCUCACUCUUCACCAACAGAUUCUAAUGGUUCCCUCCUGUUCCUACAAGUCGACAACAGGCCUUGCUCCAGGUCACCUUCUACCUGUUUCCCGUACGCUACUGAAGCCGGCAGUUUCCUACGUGCCAUGAUAAUGACAAAGCCUUCAACGUUCCCAAUGCUGCAGGAGCUGCAAGUCAUUAUCAGCAUCAGAGGUGUCCAAGAGGAAAUAGGAACCAGAGAGGAACAAGUGGAAGUUGAAGAGCAAACCCCUGCCUGGAUUUGGGCUGUAGCUGCCAUUGCAGUUGGACUUCUGAUUUUGAUUCCUCUGGUGGUCUUUCUGGUGAUGAGGAAGAUGAGAUUGCAGCGAUCAGAGAACAACGGCAGUGUUAGGGUGAGACAUCGGUCUAAAGUUGCUAACGAUGAUGACAGCAGCAAAUCCAAGGCCUGGAUGCAACACACACCACACCAAGAGCAACGAGUUCGAUAUAGCAGAGAAAAGGAUAAAAUUAGCCUUCGGAAGAAAAAGAAAUACAAGGAAGCAGAGAAAAAGAGGAGGAGGGAACCGUUAGGGGAGGAUGCCAUUCGAAUGCGGCCUAUGAAAAGGGAUCAAGAGCCAGGAAGUGACACAGAUUUUACCCAAAGCUCAAUGGAGGACAUCAACAUAAUGUGCUCCAGGCGACUGGAGGACCCAUCCAUCUGUGACCACAGGACCGCGGACCAGAGACACUUUCGGCCUGGAGCUGCUCAAACCCGCAGGCCAAUACAACCUCCACCUAGAGGAUGGGAAAGGAAUGCCAUGCCUCCUCCUUUGCUCAGUCCCCCCCAGCAGUCAGCAGAGUGGUGUGGUCCCGAUGGGUCUGUGGUUCUGAUCCGAGCUGUGCGCAGUGGGCUGGACAGAGUGGUUCUGGAACUGUUGCAAGCUGGAGUUCCAGUAAACAACACAGAUCAUACUGGGAGAUCAGCCCUACAUUGGGCAUGCUCAGUAAAUCACCUCUCCCUAGCAAGGACCCUCAUUCGCUAUGGAGCUGCUGUGGACCUUCAAGACAACAAGGGUGAGACAGCGCUCUUCCUCUCCUCCCUCCAUGGCUGUUAUGACACUUCCAGGCUUCUCCUGCUUCAUGGUGCCAACCUGGAGCUGCAUGACCGGAGGGGCCGUCGUCCAAUCGAUGUGGCCAGAGAGGCCAUGCACCAUCAGGUCCUGGAGCUCUUGCUGGCUCACCAGAUCCAGAGAGGGCCUGUUCCUGUUAACACGGCCAGCGAUGUGAUGUGGGAGGAGCGUGCUCUAAUGUACUCGCCCUGGGUCAGUUCUCAGGGUCUCCCUGGAAGAAGCGCCUCAUUCUCUGGGAUGAUAGCCCAUCGAGACAUGACCUCACCACCUCAGAAUGAUUGGUCAAUGGGCCGAAUGCAGUACCCACCGCCCCAGAACUGGAGACCCCAGCUCAAUCAAUCAGCCACGGCACUCGUUCCUCCAAGAGUCAUGGGUCGUUCCCCUCGGCCAAUCAGUACCUUACAGGAGGUGACAUCAGAAGACGAGGAUCGUGACAGGCAUCACGAAAACCCCCGAGCCACUACACCUCACUUCCUCUCUCCCCAGCCAGCCCCUCGGCAGCGCUCUUUCUCUUGUACCCAGCAUGCACUGCAGCGCCGCUCCAGCGCUCUCCAGCCUGAGCCGAAUUACCUCAUUGUGACAGACAGAACAGCCAAUGAGCCCAUUGAAAGGGUGGUGGUUUCACCCCCACCGACCACUGCCGCCCAACCAGAUCGCCAACCAGCGAUGAACGUUGAAAAUACCAGCAGAGUGAAUCAGGCCGCAGUGAGUUCAGUGAAUACUGAGCAGAAACCCAACACAAACAGCUCCACUGACUCCACGCAAACAGUCUUGUAGGAAAGAGAAGCAGGCAGUGAAAUACAAGAGGACAGAACUCAAAUCAGCCAUGUGCAAGAUACACUGGUUGAGUCAAGAAAAUAAAAAAAAUCUCUUGGACAUCUUGUUAUUAAUCAGUGUUUAACAGCCAUGUUACUCCUCAGAGACAUUCUUUACCACUUUUUUCACUUUAGGCUUUUCCUAUUAUGCAGGGAGACGUUGUUGUAAAUAUUUUUUGGGAUGAAUCCCACUUCCUUUCUAAAGUUUUUUUAUAUUUUUUUUCUAAUCAACUAGACUUUCUUGUAAUCUUAUGAAAUGGUCAUAGUCCACAGUCUUCCAGUCUUUCUGUAGUUUUCCUUUGGAAAGAAGUUAAAAAACAGUCAUAGUUGAAAGAAAAACCUUCAGGAAGACUGGAGAGGUAUUGAUAGAGAUCACAAGGAUAUGACUCCUUUAAAAGGGAAUUAUAAUACAAUGAGAAAUGGUUCAAGAUGUUUGCACAAGAUUGUGGAUGUUGCAGCAGCUUGUGUUCUGAUUAUUGCAGAAUGUUCAAGGAAAAAUAAUUUUAGAGCUGUGUCUAAAAUCAGAAUAGACCUGAUAGAUUAUGUACAAUAAACCAAUUUCUUUUACAUUUUUAUGUGGAUUUCAUCAUAUUUAUUUAAUAUCAUUGCACACAAAGCAAAUUAUUAACAUACAGUAUAUCGGAAACCAGUGUCUGUUGGCAUUUAUUUUGUCAGAUGUAAUGGGACACUGUAUUAAUAUUAAAAUUAGGUUUCGAUCUUUUCUUUUGCUAAAGCUUACAGUUUUAGCAGAGCUCUGCAGUUAUAUAUUUUUCCCAAUACUCUUUAUGGAUUAUUUGGAAUACUUGCUUGCAUUUACAUUGUGUUCUCAAUCUGUUUUUGUUUUGCACAGAAAUUCAAUUCCUAGUAAGGUAAUUCAGUUAUAUCUUAUUAAAUUGUUAAUUGAUGCAAUAAAACUGUUUCUAUUUAGAUUUGCAGUGCAGAUUCAAAGAUCUGCACUACUUAAAAUGAUCUGCAAAGCAAGUAACCCUAAAUACAGUGCCAAAGUAUACUUCUACUAUCAUGCCAGGUUUUUCUUUUUGAAUUGCACAUUCAUAUCAAAGGCACUAAAGGGAAACUAUCGAGUUUUAUUGAA